AUGAGAAGUACGUUGUUGAGGGCGCCAGUCUUCACUGGUCCUGCUGCAGUAGGAGCAGCAAAGAACUCGUGUCUUCUUCCACUUCAACUUGGCAGCACAUCAAUGGCAAAACUUCUCGCCGUCUUCCUUGUGGCAUCACUUGCCAUUGUCCAUGCAAGCGUUGUGACACAGUGCUACACGUGUAUGGGAUACGACUCCUCUCUUCCUUACAACAAUCUAACCAACAAUCCGUACUGCGUGUCGGAGUCCUUCGAGGCCUCAAAGGUGCCGAAGCGAGACUCUCCAAGCGGUUUUUGUGCGGCUGAAGCUGUAAGGGCGGAAAACGUUGGCGAAUGGACGGCGCGCGGUGGAAUUCAAGUACUGUCAUCACGAGACAAUUACAUAUACGAUGCAAGUUACGUAUGCAAAGGAAACCUGUGCAACGACAAACCCAUCAGCUCAGCAGGCACGCCGGUCCACUUGCUGCCUCUCCUGCUGAUCCCCGUCGCCAUGUCGCGUCUCCUGGCUUGAGAAGGGAGGAAGGCAGGAAGGACUCCAGCUGGUUUGAGAAGAAAGGAGGGACUCCAGCUGGCUCAGCUGGCACUCCGCUCCUUCCGCUGCCUUCCCUGCUUAUUCACCCGCCUCUGUCUACUAUCUCCCGAUUCAUCUUCAUUUCUCUUCAUUUUCUCUUCCUUCUCUUCUCCGCUCUGUCUUCCCUUUUUCUCUGUCUAGCUCCGUUUUCAACUCUUUUUGUUCUUCCUCCUCGCCAUUCUCUUUUCUCUAUUCUCCAUCCCUUCCCUUCAUUUCCUUUUUCUAAUUUUGAUGAUUCGAGUUCAUUAGUGUGCAGUUUCAAAUUUGAUAUGGGAUUUAUUAAAUACAUAAUUAUCAUCAGUUGAAACGUGAUUCUUCCCUUCAAAACCCCAAAUUUCCAUAAUAUCUGAUUUGUAAAAGACUUGUAUGUACAUGAGCUGAUAGAAAUUAAAGUAUUUUGCAAGAG